AUGACUUCCUUCUACAUGACCUCAAGCCAGCCUCUGGGCAGCAUCCAGAAUCCUGGAGAAAGAAAUAUCUGCCCCUCCUCCGGUGAUAUUGGGUACCACCCCGGCUUAGAGGAAAAGGCUGCCUGCCAGGGCCUCUUGGCCAGCCUGGCACAUGUCAACCGAGUUCGAGUGGGGACCACCCCGCUGGGCCGACCCAAUCUCUGUCUGCCCAACAGCUGCCACAAUGCUUGCCCCUUGCCAGGAACCCGCAACAUUCCUGCCAACAUCGGAAGCUGUGGGGCCUACGGUGAAGGCACCUUGAACGGCCAUGAGAAGGAGACCAUGCAGUUCCUGAACGACCGCCUGGCCAACUACCUGCAGAAGGUGCGGCAGCUGGAGCAGGAGAAUGCGGAGCUGGAGACCAAGAUCCGAGAGUGGAGCAAAUGCCAUGAGAGCACCAUGUGCCCCAACUACCAGGGCUACUUCCAGACCCUCGAGGAGCUCCAGCAGAAGAUCCUGUGCAUCAAAUCUGAGAACAACAGGCUGGUCAUCCAAGUUGAUAAUGCCAAGCUGGCUGCAGAUGACUUCAGGACCAAGUACCAGAUGGAGCACUCACUCUACCAGCUGGUGGAGGCCGACAUUUGCGGCCUGCGCAGGGCGCUGGAUGACCUCACACUUGCCAAGUGCGACCUGGAGGCCCAGGUGGAAUCCUUGAAGGAGGAGCUGCUCUGCCUCAAGAAGAACCAUGAACAGGAAGUCCACACUCUGACGUGCCAGCUGGGAGACAGGCUCCUGAUUGAGCUGGACACGGAGCCCACCGUGGACCUGAGCAGGGUGCUGGAGGAGAUGCGGUGCCAGUACGAGACCAUGGUGGAGACCAACCGGCGUGACGUGGAGCAGUGGUUCGAAGCUCAGUCUGAAGGCAUCAGCCUGCAGGCCACAUCCUGCUCCGAGGAGCUGCAGUGCUGCCAGUCGGAGAUCCUGGAGCUGAGACGCACAGUGAAUGCCCUGGAGGUGGAGCUUCAGGCUCAACACCACCUGAAGGACUGUCUGCAGAACUCCCUGUGUGAGGCCGAGGCCCGCUUCGGCACCGAGCUGGCCCAGAUGCAGUGCCUGGUCAGCACCGUGGAGGAGCAGCUGGCUGAGAUCCGGGCUGACCUGGAGCGGCAGAACCAGGAGUACCAGGUGCUGCUGGACGUCAAGGCCAGGCUGGAAGGCGAGAUCGCCACGUACCGGAACCUUCUGGAGAGUGAGGACUGCAAGCUUCCCUGCAACCCAUGCACAACCCCGGCCUCCAGCACCCCCUGUCCAGCCCCUGCAGCCUGUACCGCCUGCCCUCCCUGCUCUUCCAGGCCUCUUCAGGCCUCCCGUGGGCCCUGCUCAUCGCCUCGGCGCUGA